AUGAACUUUGCCAAGGGGAUUCUAGAGUCUAGAAAGCAGCAUUACAAACAUCUGGCAAAGCUACUGAGACCAAUUCCGUUGCAGGUCCCGACGGAAAUAGAGCUUAUGCCUGGAAACACCAUAAGAGUCACCCUAUUCGAUGCUAAUCACUGUCCUGGAUCUGUCAUGUUCCUCAUAGAAGGCGAUGGCAAGGCAAUACUAUAUACAGGUGACAUCAGAGCUGAAGCAUGGUGGGUACAGAGCCUUAUUAGAAAUCCAGUGUUAAUACCGUACAACAUGGGGGACCGCCGUCUAGACACUAUAUAUCUUGAUACCACCUUUGCUACAAAGUCAGAUAUCCACCAGGUCUUCCCCUCAAAGGCAGAAGGCAUACGGGAACUACUCAGUAAAAUUAAGGGGUAUCCCGAGGACACUAUAUUCUACCUUCGUAGCUGGACAUUUGGCUACGAGGACGUAUGGCUGGCUCUCUCAGCAGCCUUGGGCACAAAGAUACACGUCGACAGGUACCAAUAUAGAUUGUAUAACUCGCUGAGUUCUAGACCAGGAACCGGCUUUGGGGUAGACGACUCCCUCUACCUUUGUGGCUUCAGACUCGGCAACUCCUCUGUUCCGGGGUGUUUGACAAACGAUCCGUCCGCCCGCGUCCACAGCUGCGAACCGGGGGUGAUGUGCUCGCGAAUAACGUCUGGGAAAUCAGUCGACAUUACUCCCAUUGUCACACGAACUCAAGACGGUUAUGAAAUACCCGAGGUCGGGGCUGGAGGUGGAAAAGGAGAUCUCGAGCAGAGCCACGAACUCGAACUGCCUGAUCACGCAACCUUUAAGCGUUUUCUAGACCUGUGUAAGGAGCAGAUAAAGGAGCCAGACACAAGGGAUCUGGUAGUCUCGACUCUAUCUAGGGCGUACGAGUCUACGAGAGCAGCUAUCUCCUUGGGCGAAUACGGAUUGAAAGAUGAAGAAGAGAUAACCCUUGCAAAGCUUGUCACUACCAUCGGGCAAGGCCUGAAGCAGAAGGAAAAGGAGUCCUUACCAAAUACCAUUAAGUUUCCUUACUCCCGCCACUCCUGCUACUCUGAACUAUGCCAGCUCGUCGGAGCAUUCAGGCCUAGGGACAUAUACCCAUGCACAGUUGACCCCCUUACCUGGACCGAGGGAGUCUCCAUGCGGUCCCUAUUCGGCCAUUUAUGCUCAAGCAGCACAUUCCGUCAUGACAAUAGGAUGCGAGAAGGAAACCCUCGGCCUUCAAAGCGUCAAAAGCGCGGAAGUGAUGCUCAAUCCGAAGUUCUCUCCAGCCAGCCCUCAGCAGCAGACUCACAGCACAAACUCGAGCUGCAGCUAACUUCAAGCCAGCCGCAAGAGGACAUAAACCAUCUUUCUCAAACCGGGGAGCAGGAAGACCUCGAAGACUCUCUAGCAGACUAUCCCACCUCGUUCCCAACCCAGUUGACUGCGCAAUCAUCAGAGUCUCCGGCAACGAGGUUCAAGGCAAUAAAGCAAGCUAUGCUUGAAGACUACCAAAAUGACGAGAUAAACUUUCUGUUGCCUUCUUUUACCGAUUCACAGCCGGAUGUUGAGCCGACUUCGCACCAGCUGCAUGUAUCUAAGGAUUCGGAGGAGGCCCAAAUACACUCGCAGUCCUCGGUUUCUCAGCGAGAUCUGCAAAUAGAGCAGGAGGAGCUAGACUUGCAGCUUAGCUUGUGUGUUUCUCGCACAUUCACCACGACUACCAAUGAAGAGGACCAGGAGGAUGAUGAUGACGAGGGUGAUGAUGGUGAAAAUACCAAUAAUGACGGCGAAAGCAUCGUUUCUCUAUCGUCCUCUGCAUUCUACUCCCAACCCCAGCCGCAGUCUCAGCCUCAUGUUAUAAUAGUGAAACCGGCGGAGAAUUGUAACCAAAAUCCGGCAGAUACCAUCUUAGUUCCUUCAUCGGCUCCCGGCCCGGAGACAGAUAUUGACUCUGGCCCUCCUGGACCCUGCAGACCCGAAGCCAGCUCGCGUGCCAGGAAAGAGCUGCGCGUGGCUGCGUAUCGAGCCGCGAAGAAAGGAACAUACCAGGCCUGGACGAAUACGUGUCCAUUGAUAAGUGUGGAUGACCAUACUCAUCCGGAGAUAGAGUUGUGAUAGGCACAUACAUACAUGGCUUAUGCUUCUGGUGUUUUUAUAUGAUACCCCCUUACACGCGCAUAUGCAGUGACAUUCUUGAUAUUUCCUAAAACUGAAAAGCCGAAAGUCGAUAUAACAUAACUAGCACAACAUAACGUAUAAACUAUAUAUAAAUGAA